GCUAAAAAUAAAACUUGCAUAAUUCGUUUGCAACAAGGGGUGAGUCGACUUGGGGCGGUUUCGUUGCGUCAAGUGUGACUGACGCCCCACAAGGGCUAAGUGGAUUAGCUGCAAGUGGAGCAGCUCCUCCGCGAGUGGACUCAGUCGUUUGCAGGAUGGGCACCAAGAAGCAGCAGCAGGGCCGCCAGCACGCGCCCUUUGUCUGCUGCAGGAACUUUGAGGUCCCUGAACGCCAGCAGACCAACCAGGUCCUCAACCAGGUGUGCGAGUGCUACACCCUGCAGCCGUGCAACUUCCGCAAGAACAGCUCGCCCUUCAAAAAGUUGCUCCGCAAGUCCAAGAAUUUUGUCAACAGCAGAGCCCUCUCCAGAGAAAAUGUGUUGACGAGUAUUCCGAGCGCACUUAUCCCUGAGUUCAUCAUGGGUGGUGCCCUGAGCCACUUCUUCCAGUCGGGCAGCGCGUUGCUCACCACUGGCAACCUCAGGGGCGUCUCUGACACCACAAGGAAACAUGUUCGAACGGUUUUUGACGCACUUAGCGCCAACCCUAGAGUGACGGUGCAAAGGCUUGAUGGAAUUCUCUCACAAAUUCCCAAGAGUGAAAACAUUCUGAUGGUGCACAACGAGGAGGGAUACAACUUGCUGCAGAAAUGUGUAGGGAUCAACAAUAUCGAGAUGGUGAAGUGGAUUUGCUCGAGAAACACCGAUGUGAAUAGGGGUGGCGGCGUUUGCUCACUCCCUUUGCACAUUGCCUGUCUUAGAGGGCACGAAGAAUGUGUUGAACUUUUGCUAAAGUACGGAGCAAAACCAGAAGUUGAGGCUCGAAUGUGCUGGCCAGGACCACACCACUUGAACUGUGAGCAGAGAGGCAAGCACUGUGUUCGAGACGAAACCCAGGGUGACAGAUCUCAUGAUAAACUUCAAAGUGCAAUUUAUUACGCUAUCGACGGAGACCAGGUUGACAUCCUCGAGUUGCUCAUUCAACAAGGAGAAAACCACUGGUUGUUGCCAUGGCAGCAAAAAAGACCCCUUUUGCACAUUGCCUGCGAGAAAGGUGCCUGGAAUUGUGUCCGCUACCUGGUGGCCGAACGCUCGGAUGAGAUCAACCAGUGUUACGACGAGUACUUCCCCAUUCAUCAGGCUGUCCAGCACGAUGUGCACUUUGUUGAAUUGCUUGUGGCGCACGGGGCCGAAACCACAGUGCAAACACCUACCCAGCAGAUGACGGCGUUGCAUGUUUUGAUAUUGAUAGGGAAGCGCCCCGCAGCUGAUACUCUUGUGGCAGUACAGUUACUUUUAGAACAUGGGGCUCGAGAGGUGAUCAAUGCUCCAGAUUCACUCGGAAACACUCCUCUUCAUGCUCUCAUAGUGAGAUAUGCACUGGAGGAAAUGUUCUGCGGAAUCGACCGACAGCCUCAAUGGAACAAAUGGGACAUCAUGCAUCUGACCAGGUAUCUCCUCCAGCACGGGGCUCGUCCAAGCAUUAACCAGCCAGGCAACUCGGCCCUUGCCUGCGUGAUUCGACACGUCAAGGACUGGGACGUCCGCUACGAACUGCUUGACAUGCUUCUGCAGGCUGGUGGCGACCCUGGAAUCACGGGUCGGGAUGGCUCGGUGCCCCUCAUGGUGUGUCUGGUGCCUCUUAUCAACAAAGAGCACCUCCGCAGCUUCUCCCACCACAUGAAAGUUUGCUACCUAAAUUGUGUUCGGCUGCUGCUGAUGAACGGCGCCAACCCCAACUGCACCAGCAGAUCCAACCUGACACCCAUGCAUGUGCUUGUUUUCACUGCUGGGGAGAGCAUGAUGAUCAACAGAGAGGGAGAAAUGAAGGCACUGCACUUUGAUUUUGUGCGAAGGCUGCUCACUUUGCUCCUUCAGCACGGAAUGGAACCAAAUGUGCGAGUUGGACAGAGACCUCAAUAUGUCCUGCAGACUUUGGUUGAAAUGUCUGGAACUGCCAGGAGCCCUACAGAUCUUGACUAUAUUUACGAUUUGACUCUGACGCUUAUUCAAUAUGGAGGAAAUCCAAAUAUAGACUUAUCUGCAGCAAUAGGCAGUGGCGGACAAAACGGGAGUAGUUCCUCUCAAGAGCCACAAAUUUGUCACUCUCAGGCAUCAUUGUUCCUCAAAAGAGCAUCUAGUCGUGUUUUACACCAUUACGUCUUAGCACUGUGUAGACGGGACGAGCUUCUCUUGGACCCCGCUCAAAGAUACGCUCGUAUACUGAAACUUUUCUACCUGUCGAUGGACCACGUACCUCUGUACACCUGUUUACGAGCUUUAAUGUCGCAAGCACUUUAUUCUCAAGCCGGACUGAUGCCUGUAAGGAGUGGGCUCUGCACACUUAUCAAAGAGCUCUACAGUUCGCCACGUUCCCUGAAGCAAAUGUGCCGAGUGGUGAUUUACAAUGCCGUGGGCCAGCGUCCUGGCAUGCACGCCAAUAAACUGCCUCUUCCUGUGCCUCUCAAAGAAUACAUUCUCAAUUUUGAGCCCUAGUCAUUGUUCGUUCAACGUGUCUGCCUCGUGAUGGUAAAAUUCUGCGAUUGUUACAAAUACAAGAGAUAUUUAUAAUGAAUUCUCUUAAAUUAUGUGAUUUACUAUUCAGUUUCUGUUCCAAGUGAAUUGAUGCAGGAAUUUUAUGUUGGUUGCUAUUAUAGAUUUUUUAUAAGUAUAUUAUUAUAUAGAAUUACAACAAUUCAAGACAACUCACUGUCUCACUGUUAUUUAGAUGUUCGAGUUAUAGAGUUUGAAAGAUUGUUAAUUACUAUUGCACUUGAUGCUCUGAUAAAUUACCAAGACAAAGUGUUUCUCAUCUAGUUUGACCUCUCAAGUCAAAUAAAUAGUGUGUAACAAAUUGCUGUGAAUAUAAGAGAUGGCAUCUGUUAUCAUAACUGUAAGUUAUUGUAUAAUUUGUAUAGACCACUAUGUACUGAAUCAACAUACUGAAAUGAGAUACCUUUGUUGUACUGUGAAAUUAAAGUAUUGGUACAUUGGA